GGUCUAUGAACUUGCCCUCGGGAUGGUGUAUCAGGAGCUAAAACGGGGGCAGACUAAGGCGUCGGCCCACCGCUGGAGCCAUGUCCGACUUGAAGAAGCAAGUGUUUGUUGGAAAAGUGCUGAAGAAACUUUUCCCUAAUGUUGCAAGUGACCAAGGAAAGAUUCCACCCGUGACACUGGCCUCAGAGAACCCACCAGGAACAGCGGCACCAGACGAAGUGAAAUGCAAGCGGGGUCCACCACUGGCAGAUGAUGACACUAAGGUCCAGUCUAAGAGACGACUCUAUACAGUGAGUCUGCCUCCCACUGGGUAUAUCCCAUGUCUGUCGGAGCUGAACGUUGCUGUGGCAUCUGAUAAUCCCUCCAGCAGUGAUGACAUCGAAGAUGAGGAUCCUCACAAUCAACCAAAGAGAAAAAGAAUUAGAAAACAUAAAUCCCAGAAAAACUUUAAGGAUUCCAAUAGCGUCCAUGUAGAACAAGCAGAAGUAGAGAAACAGCAGAAUCUUUCACAAGAAAAAUUACCACCACAGCACACAGAUGGCCCUACAAUAAGCAAAAAUAAAAAGAGGAAACUGAAAAAGAAGCAGCAAAUUAAAAAGAAGAAAGCAGCUGGCUUACUAACAAAAGCCUCUGGCAUCAAUUUCCUGUACCAGCCCGAGGAGAGUAGCAGUGAACAAGAAGAGUUCAGAUGCAUGGAGGAGGACCACGGUGGAGACCCCACUGAGGAAGACCUCGUGGAAGAAGAUAUCAAUGAGGAAGAUGCUGAAAGUAUCAAUGAAAAGGCAGAUGGUAUCCUAAGUUUUUUGAAAUCGACCCAAGAAAUUUAUUUUUAUGAUGGUGCCUCCAAAGAUUCAGAUUCAACUCUCUUCACGGAAACCACUGAAGACCUCUUUAGACGUCUUGAAUCUCACAGCAUGUCUCCUUCAGAUGUGUUCAUUCUGGAUCACAUGAAGACGCUGUUACUUUUACAAGACACAGAGAAAUUGAAGAGUGCUCUGGAAAUGUUCCCGGAACAUUGCAUGAUGCCUCUCGAUCAUAUCAGAAUAAUUUCGACAUUCUUUAAUUACUGGAUUACGCAUAUUCUUCCUGAGAGAAACAGAGAAUAAAAUCUGUGUCUCUAUUUAAGAAGAGUUAAAGUGAAACAAGAAAAUACAAAGGAAAUUAUGACCUGGACAGAGAAUUAAUUCCAAAUAUACAACUGAUGGCAUCUUCUGCUUCUCCUUCAAGAACUGUGAUAGCAUGGUACCCUUGAACAUGUGUCCCAUAUUACUGUUUCAUGUGUUUGUACAUAUUGGGUCAGGGGUAAUUUGAUAUGUAAAUGAAAAAGUGGGUAAAGUUGAACAUUUUUACUUAUUUACAAUUGUCUGUCUUGAAUUACUACAUGGAUAUUUUGUUGAUUUCAUGCCCAUAAAAAUAGAAAAUGAACAGUCUCUUAAUUUGAAUAAGAUAUAGUUGGAGACCGAUAUUUUUGUAAAGUGUUUGAAUCACCUUGUACUUGAAAGUCUGUAUUUUAGAAUGAUUUCUAGAAAUUAAAAUAUUCUGGUUUAAGUA